AUGUCGUUCGACCCAAACUCUGCUGUAUACACUACAGAUGAGUACGGAAGACCCUUCAUCAUCCUUCGCGAGCAAGCAAAGAAAACGAGGACGCAUGGUGUAGAGGCAAUCAAGUCUCAUAUUCUUGCUGCACGUACAGUCGCGAAUAUUAUCAGAACAUCUCUGGGCCCUCGAGGAUUGGAUAAAAUUCUUAUUUCUCCGGAUGGAGAAAUCACAGUCACUAACGACGGAGCAACUAUCCUGGGGCAGAUGGAAGUCGAGCACCAAAUCGCUAAACUUCUCGUGCAGCUUUCAAAAAGUCAAGACGACGAGAUCGGCGAUGGAACUACAGGUGUUGUCGUCCUCGCAGGCGCUUUGCUUGAACAAAGUGAAGCCCUUCUCGACCGAGGCAUUCAUCCUAUCCGAAUUGCAGAUGGUUUCGAUCGGGCAUGUGCAGUAGCCGUCGAGCAACUGGAUCGUAUCUCUGAACGGGUAGAUUUCUCAUUGGCAGACACUGAAAACCUCCUCAAGACUGCAAAAACAAGUUUGGGCAGCAAAAUCGUCUCAAAAGAACACACUCAGUUUGCUCAGAUUGCUGUGGAUGCCGUUCUCGCUGUCGCAGACCUCGAGCGUCGUGAUGUACCUUUUGAUCUGAUCAAGGUCGAUGGCAAAGUCGGAGGCUCAUUGGCUGACACAACGCUCAUUCGGGGUGUUCUCAUAGACAAGGAUAUGUCGCAUCCACAAAUGCCACACUACGUAAAAGAUGCUCGUGUUGCUAUUUUGACGUGUCCGUUUGAGCCUCCUCGUCCCAAAACCAAGCACAAGUUGGAUAUCACAAGUGUUGAUGAAUACAAAAAACUCCGAGAAUACGAGAAGGAGAAGUUUGCAGAUAUGAUUAAGCGGGUUAAGGAUACUGGAGCAAACUUGGUCAUCUGCCAAUGGGGCUUCGAUGAUGAGGCUAACCAUUUGUUGAUGCAAAACGAACUACCCGCGGUGCGGUGGGUGGGUGGUCCAGAAAUCGAGCUGAUUGCCAUUGCCACCCAAGGAAGAAUUGUUCCUAGAUUUGAGGACCUUACAGCCGACAAGCUUGGAAAAGCCGGAAUCGUGCGUGAACUUUCUUUCGGCACAACACGCGACAAAAUGCUCGUUAUUGAGGAAUGUGCAAACACAAGAGCAGUUACUGUCUUCGUGAGAGGAAGUAAUAAGAUGAUCAUUGACGAAGCCAAACGGGCUCUCCAUGACGCAAUUUGUGCUGUGCGCAAUCUUGUGGUGGAUAACCGCGUGGUUUAUGGGGGCGGGUCUGCAGAAAUUAAUUGCGCCAUUGCAGUAUCUAAAGCUGCAGACGAAAUCGCCUCCAUUGAACAAUAUGCAAUGCGUGCAUUUGCGUCCGCUCUGGAUUCUAUUCCAUUGGCUUUGGCAGAGAACAGUGGUUUAUCGCCCAUUGAGACCCUCACGGAGGUUCGCAGCCGGCAGGUAAAUGAAAAGAACUCAAGACUUGGAAUCGACUGCAACGAUAGGGGAGAAAAUGAUAUGAAGAAGCAAUUUGUCUACGACCCUCUUAUUUCCAAGCGUCAGCAAUAUUUGCUUGCUACUCAGCUUGUCCGUGCAGUGCUCAAAAUCGAUGAUGUGAUCACUUCGGGUGAAGCUGAAGACUAG